GGUCGGAGGAAAAGCCCACUCAGUGAAACAUUUAUGAAAGAAAUAUCAUCGCUCGCUCGUUCCCUUAACUUUGCCUCUUACUCCUUGCUCCAUAUCCGUACCCUUGUCUCAACUCCCAGGCCAUGUUCCUGCCAACCCACCUCAAUGAAAGUGUAAAACGAGAGCGGCUUGUCACCCCGAAUCUCGAUUUUGCAUGGCAAGAGAUGAAUAAUCGGCCCAAUAUUAGCCGACCUCCGCCUGCCUCCGGGCUUCCACCCUCUUCAUCUGACGCUUCAUACCGUCCGUUGCCUCGGCCCCCGUCACAAUUCCUGCCGAGCCCUCACGGCCCGGUUUCAUCCUCGGGGCAUCCUCAUCUUCGCCAUGCUCCGUCUACAGAUGGGCGUGGAUACCCGCCCCCGCCUCCUCCCUGGUACCAAUAUGCUGACUGUCCGUCUGGGUCAAUCCCAAGCCAAUAUUCGGCGACGUUGCCACAGUCGACUCCCUACAGCUCGUAUCAACUUCCAAGCGUCCCUUGUCAGCCGCAUUCCAGACAGCCGCCAGUCCAUCCACCAGAGACUCAAUAUAUCGGUGAUGCUUGGCCCCGAGCUCAUCAGCAUGGCCUUCACUACCAAUAUCCUGGGACCGUACCACGUCCUGCGAGCGACGGUUCUCAGCUCCCCUCUCAUUCGCCAAACCCUAUCCUGGACCAGGAUCUUCUCGCUGGUCCGUCUCAGGCUUCCACAGAUGUGGCAGUCGGAACUUCAUCCUUUCGUCGCCUUGCGCCAAAGCCGGUGAACCUUCCGCCUCCAGAACCACCCCUUCGCUCGAAAAGAGCCUCAAAAUCGAGAUUUUGUCGUUGCAACCUAUGCCGAAUCAAUCCGGAAGGGGGUCUCAUGAUCUCGGCAGCCUCCUUCUAUGAUCAUGCGCGAAACUAUGGAUACCCCGAUGGCGAAAAUCCAAUCAAAUCUCGCCGUCAGAAGCCAUCCGUCGCCAGAAGCAUAGCGCCUUUGACGCAAGAUCCGCCAAUUGUAUCGGCUGCCUCAGAUUCCGGUGGCCCUUCUCUCAUGGACGAACACAUAUCCAUCCAGGCAUCCGACCCAUCGUCAGCGGGAGGAUCCACAGCUGUUCCUUGCACUAAUCCAACUCAAUCUUCCCGACGAAACCCUCAAUCUCCAAAUGUUAUCGGUCUGUUGAAUCCGCUUCCCCGCUCUCUCGUGAUUCAUUGAACAGCAGCCGCUCACACUCUCCACGAUCAUCCCCUCAGACCUCAAUUCACCUAGUCCAGAGC